AUGAAGGAUUUCCCUGAGGUUGCCGUUUCGACUACUAAAGAUGUUGGCGACGUCGAAAAUGCUGGCGCGCGCAACCACACCAAGCGUGGGCUGUCGUCGCGUCAGGUUCAAUUUCUGGCUCUUGGUGGUGCCAUUGGUACUGGGCUCUUCGUAGGCUCUGGAGCAGUGUUGUCCUCGGUCGGUCCAGCUCCGUUGCUCAUGGGCUACAUCGUAAUGUCCUUCGUCGUCUAUGGUGUCAUGAACGUACUCGCCGAAAUGACUACCUACCUACCUCUCGAGGGACUCUCGGUACCCUACUUUGUCAAUCGCUUCGUCGAUCCCAGUCUCGCUUUCGCCAUGGGAUGGAACUACUGGUACACCUUUGCCAUGCUCCUAGCGGCCGAGGUAACGGCGGCGGCGAUCAUCAUUCAGUACUGGACAGAGAGCGUGCCCGUCGCUGUAUGGAUCGCCAUCAUCCUCCUGGUCAUUCUGGCCUUGAAUAUUGUCGCCGUUUCAUUCUUUGGUGAAGCCGAGUUUUGGUUCGCAUCCAUCAAGAUCUUGGCCAUCCUUGGUCUUAUCGUUCUUGGUGUUGUGCUAUUCUUUGGAGGAGGACCAAAUCAUGAUCGUCUUGGUUUCCGUUACUGGAAGGAGCCUGGUGCUUUCAACCCUUUCAUCGCCAAAGGGAAUUCAGGCAAAUUCCUCGCAUUUUGGUAUGCGUUCAUCAAAUCUGGAUUCGCUUUUAUUAUGAGCCCUGAGCUGGUGGUAACGGCAGCUGGUGAAGCUGAGGCGCCUCGCCGUAACAUACCCAAGGCUGCUAACAGAUUCAUCUAUCGUCUUUUUGCUUUCUACGUCAUGGGUACGCUUGUUAUCGGAGUGACGGUGGCAUACAACGACAAGUCCCUGCUCAACGCCAUCAACAACGGAGAACAUGCUGCCGGAGCAUCUCCCUUCGUCAUUGCCAUUCAAAACGCCGGCAUCAAAGGUCUCAACCACGUCAUCAAUGCUGCCAUCUUGACCUCAGCAUGGUCAUCAGGAAAUGCCUGGCUCUUCUCGGGCUCCCGCAUGCUCUACUCCCUCGCCCUCACAAAGCAAGCCCCCAAGAUCUUCCUUCGUUGCAACAAAAACGGCGUUCCAUGGGUCGCAGUCCUCUUCACUUUCUCCAUCGGCUGUCUCGCCUUUUUGAAUGUCAGCAACAGUGGCGCCAAUGUCUUCAACUGGUUUACCAACAUCACCACAAUUUCUGGCUUCAUCGCUUGGAUUGUGGUUCUCAUAACAUACCUUCGCUUCCGCAAAGCCAUGAUCUUCCACAACAUGUUGGAGCAACUUCCCUUCCGCACACCCCUUCAACCAUACUCUUGUUAUUUCUCCCUCAUCAUCAUGGUCUUGGUUACUUUGACAAAUGGCUUUUACGUUUUCGUCCCUAGCAAGUGGAAUGUCUCGGACUUUUUGGUUUGCUACAUCACAAUACCCAUCUUCCUGGUCUUGUGGUUUGGCCACAAAGUGUACACCAAGAACUGGAAGUGGUGGAUUCCAAUCUCCGAGGUUGAUGUUUGGAGUGGCAAGGAUCUUGCCGACGCUGAAGAGUUGGAGUAUAAAGUCCGCGAGCCGCGAAACUUUGCCGAAAAGAUAUGGUUCUGGGUUGUGUAG